CAGCACUGUCCGUGCAUUUCAAUAAUUAUUGCGCUCAUUUCACUUGUUACCAUCAUACGAACAACAUGAACAAAAUAAACCAUGACCAAUUACUUUCAUUGGAGCAUCCAUUUGUCAAGAUACCGGUUGAGAAGUUUCGAUCGUCGCUCAGGACGUCGCAGAAACAUAUCGAAAAAGAAAUUGCAAUGUUGACAGAUAAGGUCACUGAAAUAUCCAAGAAAUCCGUACAAGGUAGCAUGGAUCCUAAGCAGGUCGAAGCUGCUUUGGAAGCCAUCGUCACACGCCUUAGUACACUCAAGCGCAAGUUAAAGGAUACACGUGCGGACGAAGCCCUAUAUUCACAGCGUACAAAAGUACGACUACAGCAUCUUCAAGAGUUUACGUCCAUUAGUACAUUGGACUCCGACGAUUUCGCGCGAUGGAGCAGGACCCGCCUGAACCGUAUUGUGAUCGACUAUAUGUUACGAGACGGUUUUAGAGAGACAGCUGCUUUGUUGGCUAAAAAUGAGCAUAUUGAGGAUCUAGUGGAUAUAGAACUGUUUACACAGUCGACCAAAGUCGAGCAGGCUUUGAUGCGACAGAGUUGUACAGAAUGUUUACAGUGGUGCAAAGAGAACAACUCAAACUUGAAAAAGCUGAAGAGCACGCUGGAAUUCAGUCUACGUGAGCAGGAAUUCAUUGAGCUUGUGAGAGAGCGUCGACCACAGGAAGCGAUUGCGUAUGCCAAAAAGUACCUUACACCAUGGCAGGAAACGCAUAUGAAGGAAAUCAGUCAUGUUAUGGGCUUGCUCGCUUUUCAACCUGAUACUAAGUGUUUUCCAUACAAGCGAUUGUACGACAAAGCUCGAUGGAAUGAUCUGAUUGCCCAAUUUCGUUCUAAUAGUUUUGCUCUCCAGUUCUUCACUCCGGAGCCGCUCUUAAAUGUGACAUUGCAGGCCGGCCUAACCGCACUCAAGACGAUGAUGUGUUAUCAACAUGAACAUAGAAACAUCAAUUGCCCUGUGUGCGAUCCUGAGACACUGGGUGCACUAGCAGUAGAUUUGCCCAUGAGCCAGCAUCUCAAUUCAUCUAUUGUAUGUCGACUUAGUGGACAAAUCAUGAAUGAAGAUAACCUGCCAAUGGCGCUCCCCAAUGGAUAUGUCUAUUCCUACAACGCGUUGACUGAGAUGGCUAGUUUGAACAAUGGCAAAAUCACCUGCCCGCGAACAGGCGCUGUCUUUGAUAUCUCUCAAAUGAAGAAAGUGUUUAUUUCAUAGUCGUAGACUUUCUUGGAUUAGAAAGACUAGGAAGACUAGGAAGAUUAAC